AUGAGAAUCAGAAAACCAACAAGUAAAAGAGGAACCACACGUAUGAGAGAAGGUAUUAAAAAGAAGGCAGCUGCUCAUAAUAGAAAACAAAAGAAAAACGCCAAAAAAGAUCCAACAUGGAAAAGUAAACAGAAGAAAGAUCCAGGUAUCCCUGCUAGUUUCCCAUACAAAGAUAAAAUUGUUACUGAAAUCGAAGAAAGAAAGAGAAUUCAAGCUGAAGAAAAGUUACGUAGAAAAGCUGAAAAAAGAGCUGAACUUGAAGCUGCAGGUGAAAACCCAGAUGAUAUUAUUGAAGAAGAUGACGAUGAAGAAGUUGAUGCUAACCCAUUGGCUGCCUUGUUAGAAAGUGCUCAACAAGCUGCUAAAGAAUACGAAGGUGAAGAUUCAGACGAUGAUGAAGAGAUUGAUGAAGAUGAAAGUGAUUUAGAAGUUGUCGAUUACGAAAUAAGUGAAGAUGAAGAAGAAGACUCAGAGUUGGAUAAAUCACGUAAGGCUUAUGACAAGAUCUUCAAAAAAGUUGUCGAAGCUGCUGAUGUUAUUCUGUACGUUUUAGAUGCUAGAGAUCCAGAAGGUACCAGAUCAAAGAAAGUUGAACAAGCUGUUUUACAAAGUCAAGGUAAAAGAUUAAUCCUUAUAUUAAACAAAGUUGAUUUAAUUCCAACCGAUGUUAUGAACAAAUGGUUAGAUUUCUUAAAAUCAAGUUUCCCAACUAUCCCAUUGAGAGCCGCACCAGGUGCUUCUAAUGCUACUUCAUUCAACAAAGCCUUAUCUCAAACUGCAUCAGCUAAUAACCUGCUAACUGCGUUGAAAUCAUAUGCUGCUAAAUCAAACUUGAAAAGAUCCAUCAUUGUUGGUGUAAUUGGUUAUCCAAAUGUUGGUAAAUCUUCAAUCAUCAAUUCAUUGACCUCUCGUCAUGGUGGUUCUGCUAAAGCAUGCCCAGUUGGUAACCAAGCAGGUGUUACUACAUCUUUAAGAGAAGUUAAGAUUGAUGGUAAAUUGAAAGUUUUAGACUCUCCAGGUAUAGUGUUCCCAGCUGAAAGUAAAAAGAAAUCUAGAGUUGAACAAGAAGCUCAUUUAGCUUUAUUAAGUGCUCUACCUCCAAAAAACAUUACAGAUCCAUUCCCAGCCAUUGUCAUGUUAUUGAAAAGAUUAUCUAAAUCACCAGAAAUGACUGAAAACUUUAAGAAAUUGUAUGAAUUACCACCAAUGCCAAGUUCUGAUGUCAAUGAAUUCGCUAAACAGUUCUUAAUUCAUGUUGCACGUAAGAAAGGUAGAUUAGGGAAAGGUGGUGUUCCAAACUUGAACAGUGCUGGUUUAUCAGUUUUGAAUGACUGGAGAGACGGUAAGAUAAUAGGAUGGACAUUGCCAAAAUCAUCUAAAGAAAGUGCUAAAGAUACUCCAAAGAGCACUUCAGGUCCUCAAGAAUCCGUUGAACAAACCACUAUCGUUUCACAAUGGUCUAAAGAGUUUGAUCUUGAUGGAUUAUUUUCCAGUUUAGACAACAGAAACAAUGAUGCCAUGGAAGAAUAA